CGCGUCACCCGGUAUAUAAUUCGGCAUUAGGUUAGGGUGAGGUUAGGCUGCAUUAUGGAGUGGUUCGUCCGUUGCGAGAGCGGCGAUCGUAUAAAAAUUUCAGUAUUAUAAAAAGACAUGCCUUUUAUUAUCACGAAUUCAUUUCGUCUCAACUACAUCAUGUGUGAUUUUAUUGUAAACGCACAAAGGCAAGGGUAAGAGACCCUAAGCGUUGAAAGUUUUAUCUCGCGAGUGGACUUAGAGGUUAUGUCGCACGUGAGAGCUACGUUAACCUGCCUGCGGUGACACUUGAGGAUCUUCACGCACGGAACGAACGAGAGAAUGUCAAACGAGAAACCGUGUCGUGCUUGUAUGGACUUCCGGACGUGGGCGAAACGCCAGAAGGAAGUCUACGACUCGGAGAAGGAAGUACAAAAGAAACCGGAGCAAACACCGAAUGCAAGGAACAAUAGUAUUCGACAGGAUUGUCCUUUGGAUAAGGAUGAGUUGGGUUCAAAGACUUGGGCUUUCUUGCAUACCAUGGCGGCGUAUUAUCCUGAUCGUCCGAGUGAGAAACAAAAGGCUGACAUGAACAGCUUCUUUCAUACACUUUCCAAAUUUUAUCCUUGCAGUAUAUGCGCAGAAGAUCUGCAGGAGCAAUUGAAACACUCGCCACCGCAGAUCGGAUCUCAGGAAAAAUUGAGCCAAUGGCUGUGCAGAAUCCAUAACGAAGUCAACAAGAAACUCGGAAAACCAGAAUUUGAUUGUAAACUAGUGAAUCAGAGAUGGAGAGACGGUUGGUUAGACGGUUCUUGUGAUUGAUAAGUAGCAAUAAUAGUCUGAAUGUACAAUGGGACCUGAAUACAAUACGAAUUAUUGUGUAAAUAA